CGUCGUUAUCUCACAUGUCGUGCGUCCUCUGAAAUUGACCAGUUUAGCCGAUUAUCUACGAAUGGAUCAAAAUCACAUGGAGUGUCUUAGAAUUGAAAACAAAAAGCUUCGUGGUAAGCACAAUGAACUAGAGUCGGAUCUUAUUGAGGAGAAAGAAAUGGUGAAAUAUUUGCAUGGUGUGAUUAAGAAUUACCAACAGCUGUUAAAGUCACCAGAAACGACACGACAUCUUAAAACUGCUUCUCAAAAGAGCGUGCGUCGAUCUUCAAGUGCCCGUCGAGUAACUAGUGAGAAAGAUGUAGAAGAGUCUUUCCUGAAGAAUUUGAUCGAAAUGGGUAGUCUUCAUUCGGGAAAGGAGGUAAAACCAAAGGAACAAGGGUUCGUGCCAAAUGAUAAUUCACAAUCUAUGGUGCUAGACACUUCCGACUGUGAAGAUACAGACAGAAUCAAUGACAAUAGCCAUGUAACUGAUGAAACCUUGUUUGCUAUUGAUCAGCAACGCAAGAAAUCAGAAUCUAUUGCUCCUACAGACUCGCUUUCCUCGAAUUUUUUGGGUCAAAAGGCCCGUAAACCAAGAGGAAAUACCAUCUCGGACUUUAGAACACUUCCCCUUGGCAACCCGAGCGCGAAGUGUUUAAAGAGAGAGCAUAUUAUUCAAGAAAUGACCCAGAUGUUGGACUCCAUGAUGCAGAAAACAACUUUACUCGAGAAAGGUUUAAAACAGAAGGACAAACAUUUAACAAAAAUGGAACGGAGGUUCGAAUACUUGGAAAGCAUAGCACUUGGAGAAGAAUCAGAAUGUCUGUAACGAGCUUUUGCGUGACUCACUACAUGUGCUGAGGAAAUGAGGCACAUGAACGCCCCCGCGUUCAAGAAAGUACAGCCAAUAAGGAUAUAAUUUACUUAGCCGCCUACCGUGGCCAUGUGCACGAUUAACUGAUCCGCAGUUUACAUAAAACCUUUUCAUAUGAGGUAAUCAAACAGUCUAGCCUGGUUUCUAGUAUCUUUCCUUUCCACCCUUUGCUUGGCAAAGAAGUUACGUGUUCAUUUGAGACGAGGGGAAAGUCUACCGAGAUCUCAUAUUUGCGAUCAAAGUCCUUGUAACGUAUCUGUAAAGGUUUCAAGCGAAACUGAGCUGAACUCAGUUUACCAAGAGUAAACUUGAAAGGUGGCGUCACGUUCAUCGCAAUUACUGAGUUGAAAUUUCCCACAUAAGAAGUAGUUGGGCUGAAAUCUCAGUUCACCCAGGAAAUGAAACGGUUCCAAAUGAACAGCAGAUAUUUGUCUCGCCAACCAGGCCGAAACCUCCUUUGGGUUCUUAUAGUGAAGACUCAGAAAGGAGAGAGGAUAGCAAUCGAGAAGGCUCCGUUUUCUUGAACCUGACAGAAUGAGACAGAGGUACAAAAAAAUAUUUGAAUGCCGUGAUUGCUAGAAACUUCGAGACAAAGAACUAUUACGAAGGAGAUUAGGCAAAGCUGCAAUGCUUACAUGCGUAAAUGAACACAUUGAAAUAGUCGUGUACUUGAUAUGAUUGAAAUUUAUUUUUAAUGAUUUCUUACUUUUACAUUAAGAGUUAUAACUGCGAUUCAAUAAGCGAGAAAAAAAACAGUGGAUGUAUGGCAAGAAUAAACUGGAAUCAAAGGAAGAGUAGAAAAUCACAUGCGUAAAUAAAUCAAAUCAUCAGAAACCUUU